AUGUAUCACUGGAAGAGGAUAGGAACAUAUGCUAGGCAGGAGCCUUUUGUUUGCGUCCAUGGACAGUACCACUUAGUACAGCCCCUCGUUGCUGCCUGUAAUGCCCUUGGUGUUGGAGAUACCACACUCACGGCCCUCCCCCAGGCGCCCAGGGACCUAGAUGAGCCCUCUCAGCCAGCAGGGGUCCUUGGGAAGUUUGAGAGGCUCCUCCCUUGUCAUGCACCAGAAUCCCAGGGACACAACGCAGAGGCCGCAGGGGCGUUUGCAUCUCGUGGUGUGUUUUGUGCUGGUGGAGGUGCGGAUAGCUUAGAUGUGAGUGACACUGCUCGGGCCGGGGGUGAGGUGCGGGGGUGUCUGUCCUGUUGUCUGUCCUGCGUUGUUUUUGCGUCGACGCUGCUCUGCACCCGGAGCGAGCGGUGGCUCUGGGGCCUGGGCCGCAAUUUCAGUGUUCUUGGGCUUUGUAUUCCCAGCGCCCAGCCCAGCGUACCUCUGGAGUCCUGGUGGACUCACAGUGGACCAUGUGGCAAGGAGCUGCUGUCUCUGGCCACAGCUAAAGAACUAAGUUCUGUCAACAAGCAAGGGCGGGGGCCGGCGCUGUCUGCGGUGCUCGCGGUCCCCACGGCGGCCGACGUCGUGGGCAACCUCCUGGUCAUCCUGUCGGUGCUCGGGAACCGCAUACUCAGAAAUAUUUGUAAUUUGUUCUUGGUGAGUCUGGCAUUGGCUGACCUCAUGGUGGCCUUGUACCCGUACCCACUAACCCUCGUGGCCAUCUUCCACGAUGGCUGGGCCUUGGGGGAGGUGCACUGCAAGGCCAGUGCCUUCGUGAUGGGCCUGAAUGUCAUUGGCUCUGUCUUCAACCUCACUGCCAUUGCCAUUAACCACUACUGCUACAUCUGCCCCAGCGUGGCCUACCACCAGAUCUGCCGGUGCUGGCACACUUCCCUCUACAUCUGCCUCAUCUGGCUCCUUACCCUGGCAGCCGUGUUGCCCAACUUUUUCAUGGGGUCCCUGGAGUACGACCCGCGCAUCUACUCCUGCACCUUCAUCCAGACGGCCAGCGCCCAGUACACAAUGACAGUGGUAGUCAUUCACUUCCUCCUCCCCAUCACCGUCGUGUCCUUCUGUUACCUGCACAUCUGGCUACUGGUGCUCCAGGCCCACAAGAAAGUCAAGUCAGAGCCCAAGCUGCGCCUGAGGCCCAACAACAUCCGGAGCUUUCUAACCAUGUUCGUGGUGUUCGUAAUCUUCGCUAUCUGCUGGGCCCCGCUGAACUGCAUUGGCCUCGCUGUGGCCAUCAACCCAGAAGAAAUAGCUCCCCAGGUCCCAGAGGGACUCUUUGUCACUAGCUACUUCCUGGCUUAUUUUAACAGCUGCCUUAAUGCCAUAGUCUAUGGGCUCCUGAACCAGAACUUCCGCAGGGAAUACAAGAUUGCCUCGGCCCUCUGGAACCCUCGGCAUUGCUUUCGGGAUGCUUCCAAAGGCAGUAGGGCCACAGGGCCUCAGAACCAAGCUCUACCUGUUGUUAAUGCCCAGAAUCUUGUCAAGGUAGACAGUCUCUAG